GCUCUCACAUUCACAUGGCUCUUCUAUUUUUUUUUUUUUUGUUCUCCUUUAAUGAUUUAAUUAAGUGGCUUUGUGCCAUAAUUUAGUGAAACUAUUAGGAACUAUUUAAGUGAGAAAACUCUGCCUCUUGCUUUUAAAUUAGAUUGCUCUCACUUACUCGUAAACAUAGAUAUUCUUUUAUGGGUGCUUAUCAUUCCUUCUUUCAAUAAAUGUCUCUUUGAUAUUAACAAUUCUGAAAAGGCCAUAGUAUUUCCCUAUGUUUCCUGGUAACUUUUUUCUAUUUUUGGCAACCUCAACUGCUAGAAAUUCUUCACUUGAAUCACUUUUGCUACCACUUCAGGUCAUUUUUCAUUCUUUUUUAUUUUGCUCUAUACUUUAUCAUGUAAGAUUAGGUUCUGUUACAUAUAACAGAAAAACCAAAGAUAACAGUGGUUUAAACUAAACGGGAGUUUUUCUUCUUACAUAAAAGAAGUCUAGAAGUAGGUAGUGUCCAGGUUCCUCUCUUUCUGCUCUGCUAUCCUCAGUGCAUGAUUUUUAUCCUCAGGUUACCUCACUCUCACUGUUCAAGCUUGCUCCUGGAGGCAGUGGGGAAGGCAAGAAAACUGGACUUUCUCUGCUUGAGUUAGCUUCCCCGAGGCCAUUUUCCAGAACCAGCAGCACCUGAACUUAUGUCUCAACCAGAACUGGGUCACACUGAUGGCCACACCUAGCUGCUAGGGAGGCUGAGAAGUCCAUGUGGCAAUGUGACCAGCUAAAAGUUGGAUUCUUUUACAAAGGAAGAAGGGAAGAGGGAAUGUUUGGUAGGCAACUUUCAAUUUUAACCUCAGCCAGCCUUGUUGGCUACCUAAAUUCUGUGUACCUUCUUCCAAGAUAGAAAACACUCACCCCUCUCUCCCUGAAGAGAAACCACCAGAAAUCCAGCCCCUUAUUGCAUAUUAGAUGAAAGACCAUGCUCUCUGGAAACAGUCCCCUCCAUCAUGUUAGGGUGUGGCUCCUUGUGUUCUGGCCACCUACAAACUGAAAGACAAGUUUUCUGCCCCGAGAGCACCAGAUGCAUAAUGCAAAGGUGCAGGAAAACUGACCUUUUAAAUCUUUUAGAGACAGGGUCUUACUCUGUUGUCCAGUCUAGAGUACAGUGGUGCGAUCAUAUCUUACAGCAGCCUUGAACUCCUGGGCUCAAGUGAUCCUUCCACCUCAGUCCCCCUAGUAGCUAGGACUACAGGCACAUGCCACGAAUGCCUGGCUAAACAUUUUUUUUGUAGAGAUGGAGUAUUGCUGUGUUGCUCAGGCUGGUCUUAAACUCCUGGUCUCAAGCAAUCUUCUUACCUCAGCCUCCCAAAGCACUGGGAUCACUGGUGUGAGCCACUAUGCCCAGGAUCCCUAAAAUUGACCUUUUAGAAAAGGGGAGAAAUAGAAAUAUAGUGGCCACUGAUCCAUAGCAAUUUGAAAGUACCACUUGGCAAAAAUAAUUAAAUCUCUCUGCUAUAGUUCAUGAAUUAUUCCUUGGUUUGCCCAUCAGGCAAACCCUGAUUCACCUUUCUGAGAGGAAUUCCUUUAUCUAAUGUCCUCAGGGGGCCUUGGUUUUACUUUCUGGGAGGUUUUUAUUGUACGUUAAUUUUCAGACACAAUCUGAAUGGGCAUUGGAAAGUAUACCCUUCUUGGAGGCUGGGCAGCCUUAGCAGUUUACUUCCUAUAAUUGUGAGUCUGGGAGCAGGCUUGGGAAUUAGAGUAUAGAUCCGUAACAGCUACAGGCUAUUGCAGGCCAGUUCUGGGUUUUUGUUGUUUUGUUCUGUUUCUUGGCCAAGUGGAUUCCUAAAAAUUUAGUAAGUUUCUGGUCUGUUGUCUUCAAUCAUUUCCAUGGACAGUUUUAACCAAGGUAAACUACAUUGUUUUUAACAAAGAACCUCAUCAUUUACUUGCUCGCCUCUGUGUGCUCUCCAUCCCCUUUGUUCUUACAGGAAAGGCACCUCCUUGAGAUCCUUUGAGACUAUAGCUUGCAUGGAAUGGCAACAGUCUAAUCUGAUCUCUUCCCCUAGGAUGGCUCGUAUUAUUUGGCAGAAAAUUCUUAAGGGAAGUUUCUUAAAAAAGGUUGAGAAAGUUUUAGUAGCUCCCUCAGAGCCUUUACUUAUAAAUGUUUCAGUUUGGAGUACAGUAGUACUUGACUUUUUCAAUUCUUCAGGGCUCCAGAUUUGGGGCUUGGUCAAUUUAUAUGGUAGAAGAAGAGCAAUUCUCUCAGCAAAGCUAUUUUCCCUUGCAUCACUGCAGACUUGUUAAUCUUAGUCCAAGUCACAUAUCUCUUGUAAGGCUUUGCUGAAAAGAGGCAAGAAGCAGCCAACACAUGCUAGCACUCUGAAGUUCUACCACCUUCAUCUCUGUGGCAGGAAGUCUCAACCUCACCUUGACUUCUGUUGGCAAGAAGCCUCACUGCCCAAAGCCCUACCUCCUCAACUAAGCCAACCCCAGAUUUAGGGCCUUUGACUUGCUGCACCUUACUUCUAGCUGCCAAAUUCUGUAUAGGUCAAUAUUCUUGGCUGUAGGCAGUGAAAUCUUCUUUAGCUAUUAAACAGAAGGGAAUUGAUGAAUGAGUAUAUAUAGGUCACAGAAUCAAUGGGAGGGUUGAAAAAACAGAUCUAGGCUGAGCUUCUAGGAAUUAUGUCACAAGAGUAGGCUGCUGAAGGAGCUGCUGCUUUUAGAACAAUCAAGCUGCCUGCCGGAUUAGGAAGCUGCCUGCUGGACUAGGAAGCUGUGAAGAGUUGCCAGUUCCAGAGCCACACCACCUCUGCCAUGCUUUAUGCCAGCAAAAAUAGAUACAUCUCUUCCUGCCUCUGUCCCCAUGUUACUUGGCUCUGAGUAAAAGUCUCAAAGAUGGGGUCUCUCUCUGUCAUCCAGGCUGGAGUACAGUGGUGCCAUUGUAACUCACUAUAGUCUCGAACUUCUGGGCUCAAGCAAUCCUCCUGUCUCAGCUUCCUGAAUAGCUGGGACUCCAGCCGUGAAGUACAAUCAAGAAGAAACUGAAAAAGAGCCAGAGUUAGAUGAUGAGCUUCAUUGUUUGUCAUGCAGGAUUUUUAUCCCUUGAAGAACCUGCUAGAGAAGUCCACUUUCACCCUUCACCAAUGGUGCCUCAAUUUAAUACUUUUAAAAUUCAUUUGUUUCUGUUGGAAUUGGGAUACUAAGGCUUUGCUAUCAGGAUGAUGCUGGCCUCAUAAAAUGAGUCAGAGAGGAUUCCCCCUUUUUCUAUUGAUUGGAAUAGUUUCAGAAGGAAUAGUACCAGCUCCUCCUUGUACCUCUGGUAGAAUUCGGCUGUGAAUCCGUCUGGUCCUGGACUUUUUUUGGUUGGCCCAGAGGUGUCCUUCUAAAACUGGUAGACGUUUCACGAGUCAUCAGGGACCCAGAAACCUUCUCUUUUGCUGUCCCCUUGUCCUAGUGCAUGGUUUCCACACUGUGGUGCAAGAUGUCUGCUCAAGCUCUAGGCAUUACAUCUGCUAUCCUGCUGUCAGAAAGAAGGAAGGGGAAAAGAUCAUUUCCUUCCCUUUAAGGACAUUUCCCAGAAGUCACACAGAACAUUUCCAUUUAUAUUACUUUGGCCAGAACUUGGUCAUAUGGCCACAUUUAGCUCCAGAGUGAUUAGGAAAUGCAGUCUUUUAUUUUGGAGAUCCUUGUGCCCAGGAAAAAAUUGGAGGCCUUUUUCAAGGAAAAAGGGGAAAAUAGAUAUUGGUUGACAAAUAGCAGUCUCUGCCAUACUGUCCCUCGAUACAUGUCUUUGGGUGAAUGUCCCUUAUUUACCAUUCUGAUUACUUGUUGGAUAUUUUCAGUAUGUGUUACAAUAUGGUUCCAAAAUUGUAUGUGAUAUUCCAACAGCAAGUUGGAUGCAAUGUGUCAUAUAAAUGACCUCAGUGUCAACCAGCAUUUGCAUACCGUGUCUCAGUGCUAUGCACCAGUAAAGAACACAGAGAGUCAGAGUUUUCCAUAAAUAAUUCCUGAGAAUAUAUGCUUAUUUUGUUUGAGAAGCAUCGUGAGGCAUCUGCUGUGUGCUUUAGGGUUGAAUGAAAAGUUGGCAAAAGCAUUAAAAGACAUGUUCAGGCUGGGCGUGGUGGCUCAUGCCUGUGAUCUUUGGGAGGCUGAGGUGGGCGGAUCACUUGAGGUCAGGAGUUCAAGACCAGCCUGGCCAACAUGGCGAAACCCCGUCUCUACUAAAAAUACAAAAAUUAGCUGGGUGUGGUGGCGGGCACCUGUAAUCCCAGCUACUUGGGAGGAUGAGGCUAAGGCACAAUGAUCUCUUGAACACGGGAGGCAGAGGUUGCAGUGAGCUGAGAUCACGCCACUGCACUCCAGCCUGGGCAACAGAACGAGACUCUGUCUCACAAAAAAAAAAAAAAAAAAAAAAAAAAAAAAAAGACGUUCAAAUAGACGUGAUAUUGGUAAAAACGAAAACACAGGUAAUGACUUUUCAUUCUAAUGAAAUACAAAUAGGGAAACCUGCCAGUUUUACCCUUUAGAGUAAAAAGGGUACCAAAAAAUUACCAAAACAGUAAACAUUACCAAAAGAGUAAUUUUAUAAUUUCUACAGGAUGAUAUGUAUGUGUCACAACUUUGUGAAUCACUAUUCUGGGCAUGUAUAAGGAGUCAUCAUAUACCUCCAUUAGGAAUGUUAUUUAAUGAUGUCACUAAUACCAGACAAGGAUGUCUCCUCAGGUAAGGCUCCUUGGAAGAGGUAGAGGUUGAGAAGAGGUGUAAUUUAGGUUUUUAAAAUUCAAUAGCUGGACUUAACCUUGCACAUCUCUACCCGUUACAACAGUGGUCCGGAAGGCUGCGAUCUGAAGGCCCCUCAGCUAGUUGCUGCCACUGUGGGCACUCUGCGCAUCUCUCACUUCUGAGCUCUUUAUGCAUGCACUCUGUUCUGCAGAUAAGUUCUGUGACUAUUUGCUUAGUCAGUGACAGUGUCUCUAACCCUGCAAAAGGAAGCUUUUACUCUCUCAGUUUUAGAGAUAUGUAAACAGGCUGGGGAUAUGAGGUCACUUACCCACUGUCCUAUAAUCAGCAGAUGGCAUGGCUGGCAUUGGAGUUUAGGUCUGUCUGUGCUUUUCUGUACAUUACAUCCUUUUUAAUGAUGCGAAGGAAAAAUGCAGUAGGGUCAAUGAGACAAAUGGAAUGCAGGUUGCUGGGGAAAGAAUGCAGGUUGUGUGUUACAAAUGCACACACAUUUACUGUGCCACUUGGGUUCUGAACUUUGCGGUUAAAUUGAUUUAAAAGCUGGUCUAGAGGUAGUAAAACUUAAUCACCGAAUGAGAAUAUUUGGGUUUGCCUCAGGAAGUCACAAACCACUUCUUGGUUAGUAGAAAUGGGAAAUUAAGGGCCACCUUCAGGCGUUUAACUGAAUUGUCCUGGGGAUUUAAUUUGGCUUUCGACUUAAUGCUAAGUUUUUGUUGUUUUUGAUUUUUAAAGUAAUGUAAGUUUAUCGUGCCAACGGUAAGAUGUCGCUCUGACGCGUGCACCUGCUCUCGCAAUCACUGACUGCGGUCAGCAUCUUCCUUAGAGCAGCGCCCCGGGCCACUUGGAUCCCGGUCUCAAUUUACUAAGCGAACCCAGAGGAUGCCCCGAGUCCUGGACCGCAGAGCCGCUCACGAGAGGCACCGGGGCUGUAACCGCGCAACCUCGUGCCGCGGGCGGGGGCGAGGGAGGAUUCCCCGGCUGGUGCCCGCCCCCGGGCUAAAGUGCGAAGCGGGCGGGGCUGGUCAUGCGCCUGGCUUCCUGCAGUGCGAACCUGGGAAAUCCAGGCGACUUCGCAGUUGCCAAGGGAUCUGAAGAAGUGGGAUGUGCAAAAGCGCCGGCUGGAAAUCCUGGCUGUGUCUCCGUCAACUCUUUACGCAACAGAGGGCUCCCCCUGCCCUUGGUUUCUAUCGGGCCGCCUGCUCCCACUCGGUGAAAAAAAAUUCCAGAACGGCGGCCGCGGCGAUGGCGCGGUGGGCUGCAGCCUCCACGUGCGCGGCGCUCCUGAUUCUGCUGUGUGCACUGACAACCGCAGGUGAUCUGAAAGUAGAGAUGAUGGCAGGGGGAACUCAGAUCACACCCCUGAAAGACAAUGUCACCAUAUUCUGCAAUGUCUCUUAUUCCCAACCCCUCAACAUCACAUCUAUGGGUAUCACCUGGUUUUGGAAGAGUCUGAUGUUUGACAAAGAAGUCAAGGUCUUUGAAUUUUUUGGAGAUCACCAAGAGGCAUUCCGACCUGGAGCCAUUGUGUCUCCAUGGAGGCUGAAGAGUGGGGACGCCUCACUGCAGCUGCCUGGAAUCCAGCUGGAGGAAGCAGGAGAGUACCGAUGUGAGGUGGUGGUCACCCCUCUGAAGGCACAGGGAAUGGUCCAGCUUGAAGUUGUGGCUCCCCCAGUCAGCAGAUUGUUUCCGGAUCAAGCGGUGGUGAAAGAGAAUGAGAGCAAAUAUGUGUGUGAGUCAAGUGGGUUCUACCCAGAGGCUAUUAAUAUAACAUGGAAGAAGUGGACCCAGAAGUUUCCCCAUCCCAUAGAGAUUUCUGAGGACAUCAUCACUGGUCCCACCAUCAAGAAUAUGGAUGGUACAUUUAAUGUCACUAGCCGCUUGAAGCUGAACUCCUCUCAGGAAGACCCUGGGACUGUCUACCAGUGUGUGGUAUGGCAUAAGUCCUCACGUACCUCCUUGAGGAACAACUUUACCCUGACAGCUGCUCCGCACAAUCUUUCUGAACCUGAGAAGACAGAUAUCUUUUCCAGUCAUUGGUGGUCUAUUUCGUUCAUUGGUGUUGGACUGAUUUUAUUAAUUGUUUUGUUUCCUUGGAAAAAGAUGUGUAACAAAUCAUCUUCAGCCUAUACUCCUCUCAAGUGCAUUCUGAAACACUGGAACUCCUUUGACACUCAGACUCUGAAGAAAGAGCACCUCGUAUUCUUUUGCACUCAGGCAUGGCCAUCUUACCAGCUGCAGGAUGGGGAGGCCUGGCCUCCUGAGGGAAGUAUUAAUAUUAAUACCAUUCAACAACUAGAUGUUUUCUGCAGACAGGAGGACAAAUGGUCCGAGGUUCCUUAUGUGCAAGCCUUCUUUGCCUUGCGAGACAACCCAGGUCUUUGUCAGUGUUGUGGAAUUGACCCUGCUCUCCUAACAGUUACCUCAGGCAAGUCCAUAGAUGAUAAUUCCCCAAAGUCUGAGAAACAAACCCCUAGGGAACACUCGGAUGCAGUUCCUGGAUGCCCCAAUCCUUCCUGUCCCCCUUAUCUGGAAUCUCCAGCCACAACAUCAACAACUCCAGUUCUACCCUCCCAACCCCCAACUUUACUGUUACCCCUACAGUAAAUGCCUGAUGGACGUGGUGGCACGAGGGUCCAAGUUCCCUUUUCAUUACAGGACCUUGGGCAAAUAAAGGGGCACCUGGGCAAGUUCUCUGAUGACCUGAUAGAUAUAUAGUGGUUUUCCAAAACCUAACUCAGGUGUUUGACUUUACUUGGAGUGAUGUUAUUGUUGCUCUUAAACUCUAACUACUGCAGAGAAACAGGUAGCCCUGCAGACAGCAGAAAAAUUCAGAGAUGAACAACAUGUCUUCUGUAGCCACUCAAUAAGGAAAGAAGGUGAGAAAGAACCAGCAUUCAUAUACCCAAUAGGAAGGGAGGCAGUGCCCCUUGAACAACAUAAUUGGGACCCCAGUGGUACCUUAGAUGAGUGGCAAAGAAAACAUUUUCAAAUGUGCUUAUUAGAGUACUUACAGAGGACCAGAGCCAAGCUUCUUAAUUACCCCAAACUCUCCAUGAUAGAUCAAGAACUAGAUGAAAAUCCCUCAGCCUUUUUGGAACGGCUGAGAGAGGCUGUAGUGAAACACACUUCCCUGUCUCCUGUGAGGUAUGUUUUUACCUCACAUAAAUAAUUCAAUUGAGGGACAGCUAAUUUUGAAAGACAAGUUUAUUACUCAGACAGCCCCUGAUAUCAGAAGGAAGCUCUAGAGAAACAGGCCAUGGGACCAGAUAGCACCUUAGAAAACCUCCUGAAGGUAGCCACCUCAGUCUUUUAUAAUAGGGACCAGGAGGAGGCCCAGGAGAAGGAGAGGAAACACAAGAAAAAGGCAGAGACUCUGGUGGCCACUUUGUAUAAAACCCAGUAUCCCCAAGGUGCACCUGCUAGUUGCUGCCAAUGUGGCAAACCAGGGCACUUCAAAAGGGACUCCCAGGCAGCAAGAAGAAGCCACCUCAAGCCUGUCCAGUACACAGUGGGGACCACUGGAAGGCAGACUGUCCCGGGAGGCAUAGGUCACUGAGUCCAGAGCCAGUCUCACAAAUGGUCCAGCAGGACUGAUGGGUCCUGGGGCUCAACUCCCUGGCUCCAGUGGCUCAGACUGCUGUUACUACCCAGGAGACCCAGGUGAUUCUGGAGUUCGAAGGGAGGAAGGUAGACUUCUUUCUGGACACUGGAGCCAGUCUUCUGUUUUCCUCUCCAAUUCAGACCUUCAUUCCUCCCAUAGCACAACCAUGAUGGGCAUCUCAGGAAAGACUUUAACUUGAUAUUUUUCUCAACCUAUUAGCUGCAGUUGGAGGGACCUACUGUUUACACAGGCCUUUUUAGUCAUGCCUGAAAGUCCCACUCCUUUAUUAGGUAGAGAUAUUCCAGCACGUAUGGGGGCCACCAUCUUUAUGGCUCCAGGACAAACUGCCUCCCCUUAGUGGAAACCAGUAUUAACCCAGAGGUUUGGGCAACUCAGGGAAGAAGUGGCCAGACUAUAACCACUAUACCAGUCUGGAUCCACCUCAAGGAUCCCACUUUUUUUCCUAACCAGAGACAAUACACCCUGAAGCCAGAAAGUAGAAAAGGGCUAGAAGCCAGCAUUGAUAACCUAAAGGCACAAGGCCUCUUUAGGCCUUGCAGUAGCCUUUGAAACACCCCAAUAUUAGGGGUGCAGAAAUCCAAUGGGGAAUGGAGACUAGUUCAAGACCUCUGCCUUAUUAAUGAGUCUGUCCAUCCAGUAGAUCCCAAUCCCUAUACUUUGCUAACUCAAAUACCUGAGGGAACUAAAUGGUUCACAGUUCUGGACCUAAAGGAUGCCUUUCUCUGUAUACCUUUAUACCCUGACUCCCAAUACUUGUUUGCCUUUGAAGACCCCUCCAAUCAAACCACCCAGUUAACCUGGACUGUACUGCCUCCGGGAUUUAGAGAUAGCCCCCACCUAUUUGGGCAAGUAUUGUCAAGAGAUCACUUUGAAUUCUUCCAUCCUCAGGUUAAAGUUUUACAAUAUGUAGAUGACAUUCUCCUCUGUGCCCUGACUGAGGAAGUUUCUUGAGAGGGCACUGAGGCUCUCCUUAAUUUCCUAGCUGGAAAGGGAUAUAAGGCUUCAAAAUCUAAGGCUCAGCUCUAUCAGACUUUGAUAAAGUACCUAGGUCUGGUCUUGUCAGAAGGGAAAAAGAACACUAGGUGAGGAGAGGAUUAAUCCCAUUUCCUCCCUUCCUCUCCCCAGAACCCUCAAACAGCUGAGGGAUGCUUGGGCAUUAUGGGUUUUUGUAGGUUUUGGAUACCCAGGUAUGAUAAAAUAGGUUGCCCUUUAUAUCACCUUAUAAAAGAAAUUCAAGUGGCUAAAACUCACUUCCUGACCUGGGAACCUGAAGGUCAAAAGGCCUUUAAUCAGUUAAAACAAGCCUUGCUUAAAGCACCAGCCCCCAGUCUUUCCGUAGGGAAGACCUUUAAUCUUUAUGUAUCAUAAAGGAAAGGAAUGGCCCUGGGAGGGAGUUUUAAUUCAAGUUCAAGGCCCAGCUCAACAGCCAGUAGGUUACUUAAGUAGAGAGCUUGACUUGGAGGCUAAAGGAUGGCCAGCUUGCCUCUGAGCAGUUGCAGUAGUGGCCCUGCUAGUCCCAGAGGCCACCAAGUUAACCCUGGGGAAUAACCUGUUUAUACCUCACAUAAAUAAUGUGGCAGGCUUGCUGUCCUCUAAAGCAAGUCUCUGGCUAACAGACAGCUGCCUCCUCAAGUAUCAGGCUUUGCUGCUAGAGGACUCUGCAGUGCAGUUAAAAACCUGUCCUUGCCUGAUCCCAGACACUUUCCUCCCAGAGGAAACCGGAGAAACUGAACAUAAUUGUGAACAGACUGUUGUACAACCUAUGCUGCUAGGGAGGAUCUCAAAGAAAUUCCCCUAGAAAAUCCAGACCAGACCCACUUUAUGGAUGGGAGCUCUUUUGUAGAACAGGGAGUCUGUAAAGUGGGAUAUGCAGUAGUCACCCUAAAUAACAUUAUUGAAAAUGUGCCUCUCUCACCAGGCACAAGUGCUUAAUCAGCUGAGCUGAUCCCUUUCACAAGAGCAGUUGAACUAAGCAAAGGAAAGACAGCUAACAUUUAUACUGACUCCAAGUGUACCUUUCUAGUUCUCCUUGCCCAUGCUGCCAUCUGGAAGGAAAGGCACUUCCUCACCACUAAUGGGUCUUCCAUUAAAUACCAUCAAGACAUCAACAGGCUAUUAUCCUCAGUGUUCCUCCCAUGAGAAUUCGUGGUCAGACAUUGCAGAGGGCAUCAGAAGGGGGUAGAUGAAAUAGCCAAAGGAAACAGGCUAGCAGACCGAAGAGCUAAGUCAGCAGUAAGAAGGCCCCCAAGGUCCCAAUACACUUGAGACCCCUCUGAUUUGGGAGGGCUACAUAAGGGAAAUAAAGCCUCAGUAUUCCCCUACAGAGAUAGAAUGGGCCACCUCUCGAGGUAUACUUUUCAACCCUCAGGAUGGUUACAAUCAGAAGAUGGCAAAGUACGCCUGCCAGCCUCCAGCCAAUGUAAGGUUCUUAAAAUGCUCCACUGAGCCUUUCACUUAGGAAAGCAUAAGACAUCAAUGCGUCCAAAGAUUGUUCUCAGGAGAAAAUCUACUAAAAAUGGUCAAAUAGGUUGUUAAUGCUUGUGAAACCCUCUUAAAAAUAAUCCCUUUAACAGGUGGCUUCUUCCCCACCACACACAAAUGAUGGGAAGUUACUCAGGGGAGGACUGGCAGGUAGACUUCACCCAUAUGCCCAAAAUAAAUGGCAUUCAAUAUCUUUUGGUGUGGGUGGACACCUUCAUUAACUGGGUAGAGGCAUUCCCAUGCCGAACAGAAAAGGCCUCUGAGGUGGUGAGAAUACUAAUUAGUUAAAUAAUUCCUCGCUUUGGGCUCCCUAAGUACUUCCAAAGCAACAAUGGCCUCUCAUUUAAAGCAGCCUCUACCCAGUGGGGCCGAGUCUGCUAGGACUUUUUAUUGGGUUUGGUAAUACGUCACACCCUUUAGCCCCUACAGUAUCAGCCAUGUCCCAUUUAUACAAGACUAAUUGCUGGGUCUGUCCUGAGCGGUUUGCUCAGUUCAGUAACACUAAGGAACCUUUUGAUGACCUGGUAUUUACUGUCUUAGGAUUCCCUUUGUUAGCUUUACCUUUAGCCAUUAAAGACUUGUCAGGCAUAAAUGGAACAUGGUAUGGGAACACUUUCAACUGAGUAACUAACUCCUCCCAGGAAAGCAUUUCCUCCCUGGUGCCAGAAAACACUUUCCCCAAAGAUAAGCUUCACACCCUCAGGCUAGGAAAAGUUGGCGGGGUAAUAGCAAAUGCCUCCUCCUGUUUUAAAAGCAGAGGAAAAGGACCAUACCUGGGAGAUCUCAAAUAUUGUAACACCAUACUUGUAAUUGCUGAAAGCUCGGAGGUUUGGAGAAAAAGACAUAAUAAGGAUGAUCUAAGACAAUUGGAAGCCAUAUGGAGGGGAGGCUUUCAGAAUUCAGCCUCUCCUCCUGGUUGGAAAUCCUGCUGGGAAUGGCAUGGUAACCACCCUGACACAUGGCACUAUAAUGUAAAAAACAACAUAUGGGCCUUCCCAGACAUGCACCGUCAUGGAAUUCCAGACCCCCUGUAUGAUGCUUAGUAGUAGUGGCCUGCAAAUCUGUGGGUGAACAGAACAGGAGACUUCUGGACUGACAGCCCCUGUUACAAGGGGGCAUUAUCUGAGAUAUUGGCCAGGACGUAUUGUGUCCCUGGUCUUUUGAAACUCCAUUUGUUGGCCAGGUGCAGUGGCUUAUGCCUGUAAUCCCAGCACUUUGGGAGGCUGAGGCGGGUAGAUGAUGAAGUCAGGAGUUCGAGACUAGCCUGGACAAUAUGGUGAAACCCCGCCUGUACUAAUAAUACAAAAAAAAAAAAAAUAGCCAAGCGUGGUGGUGCACGCCUGUAGUCCCAGCUACUUGGGAGGCUGAGGCAGGAGAAUCGCUUGAACCCGGGAGGCAGAGGUUGCAGUGAGCCGAGACUGUGUCACUGCACUCCAGCCUGGGCAAUGGAGUAAGACUCCGUCUCAAAACAAACAAACAAACAAAACAACAACAAAAAACAAAAAACAAAAACUCAAUUUAUCAGGUGGACCCUUCUCAUUUAGCAUGUAAAAUUCCAAAUGGCAUCGUGAGUGACUAUCCUGAGUAUGGAUAUCCCCAUCCCAAAGAUGUUCCUAUUAUAUGCAAGAGGGGAAAGCUUCUAAGAUAUGAGAAAGAUCUGCCUGUGUCUCUCACAAGCUACAACUUAGAACUGGCCCUUCAGGGGACAGGGCUUUAUUUCCUUUGUGGCUCCUGGCUACACUUAAUCCUCCCUGGGCACUGGAAGGGAACCUGCACUAUCGUGGCAGUGGUUCCUGACCUGUUAUCUUUAAAUUCCACUGAUAUGGCAGCAUCAUCUGGGGACAUCCCUAGCCAAGCCUCUUUUCUAGCGAGUGUGCUAUCUCAGAUGCACUGAACAAAGAGGUCUAUCAUUUCCAUGCCCUCGUAUGGAGACUUAACUGAAAGAGAAGAUUGGGUAGGACCUGCACAUGACAAUCCUAUCUUAGAAAAACCAUGGGUAGGGGAUUCUAUAGCCAGAGGUCUAUUCUGGUUUGCUGGUAUUCCUCUCCUUGAAAGAUCAGUACUUAAUAUUUCUAUUAUGAUGCAACAAGGGUAGAAGCCAACAGUAGGAGCCAUAGAAGCACAACAACAAUCCAUAAACUCUUUAGCCUCAGUAGUUACGUGAAAUAGACAGGCCCUAGAUAUCCUUAUGGCCAAAGUAGGGGGUACCUGUGCACUUUUAAAAAGAAGCAUGUCACUUCUAGAUCAACACCUCUAGUCAAGUAGAAGAGAAUGUACAGAUGCUUAAAGAUCAAAUUAGAACACUGACAGAUUAAGUGUGGGCUCCAGUCCCAGCUGGCUACAAUCCCUCCUGAAUGGAUUCCAGUCUUCUUUGUGGAACUAGUUAGUUAGCUCCUUUAUUAGGCCCCCUUUUGCUCAUGUGUUUUGUACUAAUGUUUGGACUUUGUAUAUUCAAUACUGUAACUGAAAUUGUUUCCUCUCACUUAGAGGCUAUUAAACUCCAAAUGGUGCUGCAGAUAGAACCACACAUAGACAUGCCAUUCUUCCGGGGACCCUUAGGCCAAUCUCAGGAGGAGCCCUAACUGCUGUAGCCCCAACGACGCCCCCUUCCAGCAGGAAGCAGCCAGGAGUGGUCAUCGUCCACUUUCCCCAAGAGCAGUUGGGGUCUCCACUCCUGAAGCAGGGACUGAGAGAGGAGGAAGGAAGAAACCAGUCAGGCAGGCAGUUAGGGUGGGUCCUCAGUAAAAUUCUUUCAAACAAAAGAACAGCUUGAAAAAUCAAACUGCAGGCACAGAUAAGAGAACUUGUACAGGGAGGCUUGCCUUAGACAUGUCCACAGCUGCCUAGGUAAGAAAGACUACACAGGAGACUUGCCCAGAGAUGCCCACAAUGGAAAAUUCCAUCCCCUGAGACAUGCGCAGUAAGGGGAACAAAGUCACAUGAAGUAACUCAAGCUAAGGGCCUGUAUGCACACAGGGAAGAUAGGGUAGAACUACCAGAAAUUCAUGCUUUAUGCAAAUAAGAUGCCCAGCACUCAUCUAUUUCUUACAAAAGCGUCUAUUAAACUGUGAAAUGGCAACACUCUUUUGGGUCCCCUCUUGGCACAGGGGAGCUUUCUUUUUUUACUUUUUAAACUUUUGCUCCAACCUCACCUUUGGGGUCCAUGCUCCUUAAUUUUCUUGGUUGUGAGACAACUUCAGGUGAUACCUUGGGCAAUGAGAGACUGCUACAUUGUGGUGCAUUGGUGAGACUGUAAAACUAUCAGUUAAUUGCUGAUAACCCCAACAUCAGCAAUGAUGCUUAUGGAAAAAGAAAACAAAUCCUUUAUGAUCAGCUGGAUCCUGUAGUUGUUUGCAAAGAUGACUCCAAUCCUUCACCCUUCCCUGCAUCCAUGUCCAUUGCUGUGUAACUUUGCAGUGCCUCCAACCAUGUGACCUCUUUCUGCUAACAUAAGGAGACAGCAGUGAAGGUGUGCCAGUUCCAAGUGUAAGCCCCAAGAAGCCUUGUGUGUCUUCAUUUGCUUCCUUGUGUGCUUCUAAUGAUGUUGAGAGAAGGACAGGUCCAGAUUAGCCUGCUGGAGGAUGAGAGAUGCUGGCUGCCACAUCCUUGUUGCUCCAGUGGAGGCCAGGCUAGAUUAAAUGACAGCCACCUGACUCCAUGUGAGCAAAUCUGAGAUCAGCAGAGCUGGCAAAGCCAACUCUCAAAUACUUGGAAAAUACUUUUAAUAUGUAAAACAUUUUAAAUAUUAAUUUUUAUUAGUAUACUAAUAUUUAAAAUGUUUUUUAAAGUCACUGUUUUAUACUGGCUUUGUUACACAGUGUAAGCUAAGUGCUACAACUCCUCAGGAAGCUGAGCUUUGACCAAAAGAAGUGUGGUAGCCACAGAGAUGUGCCUCUGAGACCCCCUUUGAGAGGGAGCCUGUGUGAGGAGUGCAGUCAGCUGAUGGGCUCCAGCUGCAGAUCUCAGGGAUCUGCUUCAGUAUUCCAGCUGGUGCCAUGCUCUCCCUGGACUGCUCCUGCCACUGACUGAGCAAGGCAGGAGCUCCGUGUUGGGAGCUGAUGCUGGAAUACUGAACUAUAUCCCGAGAUCUCCAGCUGCUGAUCUCGGGUAUCUGGGGUGGCCAAGACUUUCUCAGAGUGUAUAUUAGGUGCUAGAAUAACAUCAUUUUGUUUGAUGUUAUUUUGUUAUCACAUUGAUGAAAAAAAAAAUCAAUUCCCAACCUAAGCCACUGUCUGUGUGGAGUUUGCAUGUUCUGUGUGGGUUUUCAUCAGGUACUCUGGUUUCCUCCCACACCGCAAAGAUGAGCACUUUCAGUAAAUUGGGGUGUCUAGGUGGUGCCAGAAUGAGUGAGGGUGUGGGUGUGAGCAUGCCCUACAGCUGGAUACCAUCCUCUCCAGGGUUGAUGCCCACUUAAUGCUCUGAGCCACUGGGAUAGGCUCUGGCCACCCACAACUCUGAACUGGAAUCAUUGGGUGAGUAAUUAUUAUUUGUUUUUAGUAAUUUGUUUUUUGAGACAAAGUCUCACUCUGUCACCCAGGCCAGAGUGCAGUGGCACAAUCUUGGCUUACUGCAACCUCCACCUCCUGGGCUCAAGCGAUACUCCCGCCUCAGUUUCCUGAGUAGCUGGGACUACAGGCGCAUGUCACCAUGCCCAGCUAAUUUUUUUUGGUGUUUUUGUAGAGAUAAGGUCUCACUAUGUUGUCCAGGCUGGUCUCAAACUCCUGAACUCAAGCUGUCCUCCUGCCUUGGGCUCCCAAAGUGCUAGGAUUACAGGCAUGAGCCACCAUGCCUGGCCUAGUAAUCAUUUUGAAAUGUAUAUGUAAACAUUUAUUUCAGUGUUAAAUAUUGAAGUGUUUGGUCUUUAUUUAGAAGUUUGAUGUUGUGUUUUAUGACCAGAAAUAUGCUGUGAACUUAAUUCUUUCUUAUAGCAAUUAGCCUAUGGGAAAAUUGGUUUUGUUCUACAUUAUUUUAUUUAAAGUCAUAGUUUCCAAGAUCCUAUCAACUCCAUUAAGUGAGGACUUACUGUACUGUAGCCUGAGGCUCAUCUUAGUCCUCCCUCAUUCCCCCUGCCCCUCCUUCACAGCCUGCACUGUGGUCUGAGGCUUUCCCCCCUACAGCUUCUACCCUUUAUCUUUCACGGGAACCACCCCUAAUUACUCACUUGUACUUCUAACUCCAUCUUGAAAGCGGCUUCCUGGAAGAUCCAAACGGACACAAGGAGGGACUGAAGGAUUAGAAUGAGGGAAGUAACCCAUUCUCUGCUUAUUUGAGAUGGGGAACCGAAGGACUUUGGCAGUUCCUACACAGAGACAGAUAGCAGAGAUGACAAGGUUUCUCAGAGAAUGCGUGAGUAACUGGAAUGGCUUUUCCUGAUGACCCAGACAGCCUGCUCAAGAGCACACUGUUGCAGCCACCCUCCUUGGAUGGAACUAUGGAAUGAUUUUUAUUCUUCUACUUCCCAGGUGAAUGGGAAACCAAGGACACAGUCGGCAUUUAACAAAAAGGAAUGCAUCUCAGUCAGAACUGUAUUGCAUUUGCUUCUCUCUGGAUUACCCUGAAGUUACUCCUCUUCCCUCAAUAAUAAUGGCAUUAUGAAAAAAAUUGGAAUUGAUCAAAUGAAGUAAAGAGUAAACAGAGGAAAGACUA